AUGCUACUUAAAAAAAAACUAACUCUUCACUUAACUUUAGAGAAUGUAAUUAAUAAUUUUCUCUAAUUAUUAGCCUUCAGCUUAAAGGGUUGAAUUUUCUGGAUCUGUCACUUAAAAUAUGACUUAAAAAGUAUUUGGUAAAUUAAACAAUCAAACUAUGACUUUGAUUUGUGCUCCUCAUACAAUUAAAUCAACAUAUAGGAAUAGUUUCUAAUAUUUUGGAAUAAAAGAUAAAGAUAUUUUUGAGUUCAGAGAAGAGAAAAUUGCCGAAUGA